GGGAGCAGGCUCUUGGCAGAGCAGCAGCAGCAGCCGGCGCUGCCCGCAGGGGAGCAGAGCAGGUAACUCGACCGCGUCACUGGGUGCAGGCCAAGCUCCCCAGGAAAUGUUGCACGCUCAGGAGCGGCCAGAGCACCCUGCUGCCUCCGGCCUGGAGGACUUUGUCUAUAGCGAAGAGGACUUUGUUCUGCAGGGGGUUGGGUGGGGGAGAAGCAGGCCAGAUGGGCUGGCAAGCCGCACCGUGUCCCGCUUCGACCACGCGUUGCAGUCUGGCUGGGAGCGCAGGAUGAAGCAGGGCUUGUUCCGGUAUCCCCUGGGGGAGCUGCAGACCCGCAUCUUGCCUGGCGAGAUGCACUUUGUGGCCCAGCUGAACAUCCAGAGGGGACUGGAGCGGAGGAAGCCACAGGACAUCCAGAGCGUGAGGCAGAGGUUUGACCCCCAGCAAUUCCACUUCAGUAAGAUCAAGCCAGGGGAGAUCCUCUUCUGCCUGACCAGGAGCCACAGUCCCCACGUGCCAGCGGGGGGGCAGGCUCCAGCGCAGGAUGGUGCUGAGCCCAGGCUCCCAGAGACGCCUAACCGUGUCCUGGUGGUGAUUAAUGUCAGUCCCCUGGAAUUUGGGCACGUGCUCCUUAUUCCAGACCCCAUGCUCUGCCUGCCUCAGGUUCUCACCCAGGAGCUGCUCCACUUUGGACUGGAAGCUGUUCUCCUCAGCACUCACCCAGGUUUCCGUGUAGGCUUCAACAGCCUGGGAGCCUUGGCCUCUGUCAACCACUUGCACCUGCACGGCUUCUACCUGGACUGGGAGCUCCUAAUUGAGUCGGCCCCGAGCAAGCCCCUGUGCCCUGCUCUCAACUUCCACCUGCUGCAGGGCGUGCCAGCCCCGGGGUUCCUGUUUUACGACGAGGGGCGAGGGCUGGGGGUCUUGGCACGUGCUGUCUGCCGAGUCACCGACUACCUGGUGGAGAACGAGAUUGCACACAAUGUGUUUGUGACGCGGGGAACUGCCCCUGGGGAGCCAGCCCGCUCGGCAGCCCGAUCUGGAGUUCGGGUGGUCGUCUGGGCCAGGAAGUCCUGCUUUGGGGCCAAGGAGGAAGCGGCAUUUAACGUAGCCCUCUGUGAGCUGGCAGGGCAUCUGCCAGUCAAAACCGCCCAGGACUUCCAGAGCCUGACGGAGAGCUCGGCCCUGCACACCAUCCAGAAAUACCUCCUCCCGGCGCCUCAACUCUCCUGGCUCCAGGACGAGCUGGUGACGCUGCUCACGGGCUAACUGCCAGGGGGGGCUCAUCCCUCAGCCGCGCGGGGCCUGACUCACCCAGCCCAGCCCAGCCAGAGUGCUCUGUAACUCCUGUGGAAGGGGGGGGGCUUGGGUGCUGCAGCCUGCAGGGAGGGAGCGGGUCUCUGCACAACUCCAGCCUCUUGCUAUUAUUAUUUUUUAAGGAAAAACAGUCCCAAAAUCAAGCCAGCCAAAUUAAUUCCAAGUCCGUGUGAUUCAUUCAAGAACCGCACGUGGCCCCGUGU